ACAUGAAUAAAUCACCUCCUCACCAAGUUAGCACCAAGCCACCAACCAAACAACCCCUUGCUACCAUUUCAAGAACUUAAUACUAAUACUUAUUCCAUAGCGCGGUCAUCAUCUUCCCGCUUCCCUUUUCUUCAUCAUUAAUCAAUCAACAAAAUUUCCACCAUAAAAUUACUUCCAAUUCCCACAACCAAAACUCACAAAAACUGAACCAUCUAUCCCUAAAUCAUCUAUUUUUAGUACUACAAAAUUAAUUAAGUAUGGCAGGUGCUAUGGUAGUUGGACCAAGUAGCUAUCCUCCUCAGAUGAUGGCAAAUCAACAAGUUGCAAUAAUAAAUCCACAAUUUUGUUCACCAUAUCCAGUUGAUUUAAACAUCGUGAGGAAACUUAUGACUUUGUCUGAAGGUGCUUUUGGAGUUACUGAUGUUAAUGGUAACAUCGUUUUUAAGGUUAAAGGCAAAUUGUUUAGCCUUCGUGAUCGACGUGUUUUGCUUGAUGCUGCUGGCAAUCCUAUUGUCACUUUCCAACAAAAGAUAUUGAGUGCACAUAGGAGAUGGCAAGUCUACAGAGGAGAGAGCACGGACUCAAAAGAUUUUCUCUUUAGCGUAAAGAAGUCUUCACUUCUUCAAUUCAAGACCAAAUUGGAUGUUUUCUUGGCACACAACACAAAAGAAGAUGUUUGUGAUUUCAGAAUUGAAGGCAGUUGGUUUGAAAGAUCAUGUGUUAUUUAUGCUGGGAAUACUUCUACUAUAGUUGCCCAAAUGCAUAGGAAACACACUGCGCAGAGUAUACUGCUUGGCAAAGACAAUUUUGGUGUCACUGUGUACCCGAACGUGGACUACGCGUUCAUAGUUGCUCUUCUUGUGAUUCUGGAGGAGAUUAAUGAGGAUCGAUCUGGUGAUGAUUGAGAUUAGCAAGAGCAUUGGUAGUGUCUGAACUAUGUAUAUUUUUGCGUGAGUCGGGUGUUUUGGCUUUAAUUAUGUGUACUUGAUCGUUAGAUUGCCUGUGCUGUGUAAAGGUGUAAAGCCGUUCUGUUUGGAAGUUUUUCAGAUAGACAAAUUUACGAACCAUUCUAAUACUUCUUUUUCUGAAUUUUACUAGAAAGAUUAUGGAUUAUAAUAUUUUGGUUUUGCAA